GAAGUUUACUCUAAACCAGGAUGGAGAUAUCAUAUCGCCAUAAGUGAUAAUGGAAAAGAAGUUAUCAAAUUUGGCAUUCAGAAAGAAGGUAGUGAGAUCGUUGGAUAUCUGACAGCGUACGAAAUUAACGGAAAUGAAAUAUCCAAUGCCUCCGAACUCUCAUAUAAAAUCAAUGCAAAUUAUAUACAAGAAGCUUACGACUGGAAUUCUAUGCCAACAUGGAGUCUAGCCAUAUCCAAUGCGAAUAUUAAUGGAAAGACUUUAAUUGCGUUUUCCUAUUUUCCAACUAAAAGACUUUAUGAACCAAAUUCGGAUUUAGAAUCUGGAUGUUCUUGCGCACCUUCGCAAGAUCGCAGCUCUACGUACGUGCUUGUGAUGGAUCGUAAUAAUCCCGAUGAAUGGAUAAGGAUAGAAACGCCAUUAGAUGAAGUUGCUGGAGUAGUUAAUUUUGUAUCGGACCCCGACUCGGAUAUGUGGCUACUGACAGUAUCAAAUGAAGGAGGAAUAUUUCAAUACAAUAUCGAUCCAGAACAUACAGAACCAUACAAAACCUUGUCCGAAACUAGUGUAUGGCAGCGUAAUAUCCCGAUGGCAUAUAGACACAAUAUGAAGAAUAAGUGGAAAGGCCUACAUAGCAAAGCUUACUUUCAAUUUUUAGCAAGGACGAUCAAGUCACAUGUGUACUUUGAACCUGAGCCAAAGAAGAAAAUACUUCGUGUGUAUAAUCUACGUGAUGGGCGGCAUCUUUUCGAUCUCCAUCACCAUGGCGAUCCGAGUCUAAUUUGCUUUGAUACACCGGUACUGGCAAUAUCGAAAAAUGGCGCUUUGUUGGCAGUCAGUCUUGAUACAACGUUCAUCAACAUUUAUCUGACGGAGAAUGGUUUAGAGUGCGGAAGAAAGGAUGCAACGAAAUCGCAUAGAAUAGUAUUGAUUGAAUUCAUCAAUAAUGACGAAUGCUUACUAAUCAUCAGAGAAGCUAAAGAGACACACAAACUAGUGGCUACUGUAUGGGAGUUAUUCACAUGCAGACCCGACAGAACUAUAAAAAAAAUUAAUUUACCAGAUUACUUCUUUUAUAAAAGACCGAAUCUUUAUGGAGUCAGGUGGGCUGGCAAUACGGCAAUUUUUGUUACAGACAAAGGGGAACUAAAACUAGUUCUCGACUGCUUUGAUCCAGAAGAGGAGAAAGUCAGUGGAGGAGAGGACCCGCCAAUUGUGGCCGACAAACAAUUAGAGUAUUCGACUGUAUAUGAAUUAGAUGAAAAAACAUAUCGCCUGCCAGACUCCAAAUUGACACAGCUGAUAAUACGUAGGAUAGAACCAUGGAUGCCGGACGGUAAUAAGAUAAUAGGUGUGUGGCUGGAUGAAAGUGAGGAAGGAAAAAGUCGGCGACAACUUCUUAUCGGAAGGAGUUGUAUACAAAUAUGGAAGCUCUUACCGGACGGUCAACGUCUAUUAUUGUACAUAUAUGCGAAUGAGGACAUCGUAACCGAUCACAAAACAGAUCCAAAGAUCACUAUUACUAUUUACAAAGAUAGGUUCGAUCUCACAAUCGAGCGGGAGGAUGUCUUUCCGGAUCGUGUCUUACACAUCAAAUGGCCAAUUGAUCCUAGUGAAAUAGUUUUAAAUGCAUGUCAAACCCUUGAGUGGUUGGAUAAGAAGAGGGACAAAAACUAUACAUACGAGAGACGCAUAUUGUUCGAUGAAAUCAAACAUCAAAUUACCAAUAUUGUUCGCAUCUUUAUUAAAAAUUAUCCUGAUGAAUGGAGUCUACUCGAAGUGCGACACGACUUGAUGAAGUCUUUAAUCAUUGGAGGGUGUUCUCGCCUGACACAAGACUUGAUUAAAGUUAGUGACGGCGAAAAUAAUGAAAACAAUGAAGGGGAAUACCGUCGUCGUCUGUUACACAUUCCGCGAAAAUACUCAUGGGAUAAUGAUAACGGAAAACUGAAAAAGAAGGAUAAUACUGAUAUAAUGGUGGUCAUCAGGAAAAACAAAGGGUUGACCGAGAACUUUCUCGCGUAUUAUGCUCAUCAUGCCAAAAAUCAUUAUGGUUGGAUGCAUACAGUAGGAGAAGCUCUAUCGGAAUUAUAUGAGUUUGAAUCAUAUAACGCAGACGACCUAAAGAUUUCUAGAAAGAGAUUGUUGGCUCAUCCAACGUUCGCCGGAGAUUCAUUACACGGUCAUGAGCAUCCUCCCACAUCUUACGCAGCCAUGUUUCGAUCAUCAUCAAAGAUUCACGAUGACUUGGAGCCAUUAUCGAGAAAUGACGUAAUUGCAAAUUUGAGAUACGCUUAUUUGACUAAAGCAGAGGGUACGGCGCUAAGGGUCAAGUUGCGAUGUGAUAAAUUGAAGCGACGACUCCGGCACGUUAGGCUUGGAACUAUAGUAAAAGUCAUGCUUACCCCCUUCUCAUUUGUUUUGAGGACCGUUGCAGCUAUAUUUGACGCAAGUUCUUUCUCACUCUCUAAGGAUCCUAUGACGCUUAUAAAUAUUGUGCGUCGCAUUCCGGUACCGGUUGACGCUUAUGCCAUUGGGUAUCUACUAGUAACGGCUGUGGAAGAGGAUGAUGGAAUGUUUCUUGAUAAUCCGGUCAUUUCUGGCAUUAUUGAUUGUGCAUGGAAGGGCGAAUCUUAUCUCUACUUCGUCUUUUUGUUUCUGUUUUUUUCUUAUUUGAUAGUCUUUGAUGCAUUUGUAUGGCAGCGAAGAGGCUUGACGUUCUACGACGUAGUCGACCUAUGUUCGUUUAUUCUUCCUAUAGUAACAACUGCAGUCUUGACAUUCAAGGCAACGCGUGAUGACAAUGGGGUGUGGGGAUUUGGUCAGACUGAAAUAAGCAGAAAUAUGCUCUUCCUUAUUUCCAUUAGUACAUUCAUCAUGUGGUUACGAUUUCUGUUGCUUUUAAGAUUAUUUGAAGUUUCUGGCAUCUAUGUGCUUAUCAUUAGCAACAUAGUUUUCCAUAUUUUGCCGUUCUUGGCGUUAUUGUUUAUACUCGUUGUAGCAUUCGGGCAAGCCAUGUACGUGCUUUUGCAUGACCCAACAGAAAUUGGUUUGUCGCCAAAUAUUCUACAACUCGGUGUCAACGUGACAACUCCUAAUGGCGACGUUGAACAGACAAAUUAUACAGUAUAUCAAAAUUACAAUCCGCAAGACGCGUCUGACAAUAAUUUUGCAAAUUUCUGGACUUCCGUAUUAUCUUCUUAUGAUUGGAUGAAUGGAAGAUGGGAUAAUGUGGACUGGAAUUACUAUCCAGUUACAAUCUUCAUCGUCAUUGCAAGCUUGCUUCUAGUUAUUAUUAUGUUAAACGUCCUUAUUGCCAUAAUGGGUGAUAUAUAUACUGCUGCCAAGGAAUCCGGGGAACGAGAAAUCUUGAGAUUACGCGUAAAAUUUAUACUAGAUACAGAAUACUUCGGUAACAAGGUGUGGAGGACAAUGUUCCCCGCAUAUAGGCCACCGUCGCGCUUUGAAGACGUUGUAAAGAAAAAUCCACGAUAUAUGUAUGUUCUUGGUAACCGUCGGCGAUUCAAACAGUGGGUUGAGGAAGGGGAAGUAUUUCGAGAACUCACCAAACCGCAAGAGGUUCAACAAGAAAAACUAACUGACCACAGUUGUUUUAAGUUGGAGGAUGAUGAUAGUGGAUAA